AUGGGAGAGUGGGAUCUCCUGGGCCGGCUGCUGGACAAAGUGCAGACCCACUCCACGGUCAUAGGGAAGGUCUGGCUGACCGUCCUCUUCGUCUUCAGGAUCCUGGUCCUGGGGGCGGCGGCGGAGAAGGUGUGGGGGGACGAGCAGUCCGACUUCAUCUGCAACACGGAGCAGCCGGGCUGCGAGAACGUGUGCUACGACUACGCCUUCCCCAUCUCACACGUUCGCUUCUGGGUCCUGCAGAUCAUCUCCGUGUCCACGCCGACCCUCGUGUACCUCGGGCACGUCCUGCACGUGGUCCACAUGGAGAAGAAGUUCCGGCAGAGGGUGGAGAAGCAGGCGGAAGAGGAGCUGAGCAGCUUGAUCCUGAGGAAAGUGUACAAGCUCCCGAAAUACUCAGACAGCAAAGGGAGGGUCAGCCUACACGGCCGCCUGCUGCAGAGCUACCUGCUGAACCUGAUCUUCAAGAUCCUGCUGGAAGUGGGCUUCAUCUUGGGCCAGUACUACCUGUACGGCUUUACCUUACAGCCUCGGUAUGUCUGCAGCCAGUCCCCCUGCCCUCACCGCGUGGACUGCUUCUUGUCCAGGCCCACGGAGAAAACCAUCUUCAUCUGGUUCAUGCUGGUGGUUGCCUGCGUGUCGCUGCUUCUCAACCUGGUGGAGGUGCUGUAUCUGUGCGUGAAAACCAUCAACAAGUGCCUGGACAGGAAGCAGGGCUACAUGGUCACCCCGGUAACGCCGAUCCUGGAGAGGACGGACUUCAGGAACAAAGACGAGGCCAUCCAGAACUGGGUGAAUCGGGAGCUGGAGCUCCAGGGGAGGAAAUUGGGAAGUGGAGUCACCAAGAGCAUACAAUCAGAGGACGUCAGCGCUCACAUGGAGGAGGUCCACAUCUGA